ACAAUUCAAAUUUAAGAUACACUCCAUUAACUGCAGUGAUGUGGCAUUUUCUUGAAGGUACAUGAGCAUGCGAGUGCUUUCUCCAGCCAGCGAACUUUACUUACUGUAAUGUAGAGCCUUGUAAUGUUGAAACUGGUCUCUGAAUAAGUAUCAGUUUGCUAAAGAAAAAUAAUCAUUCAGUGAAACUGAGAUAUGAUGAUGAAAUUGAGAACUAUGAUUCAGAAUUAUGGCGAUCAGGAGCAUACUUAUAUAGUAAUUGUCAACACAGCCUAAAUUUAUUUGCCGAAAAGUGCAUGCAUCAGUAAACACAUCGGUAAACGUGUAACGGCAUUUUAAACUUCCAUGUUAGAUAUUUUGUCGUAUUUACUGUUGGUUAACCUAAAUACAUAACACAUUUAAAAUGUGGUACUCAAUUUACAGAGUAGUGCGCGUUAGGACCCAGAAAACUUGACGCGCAAGCCGUCACUCCCUAUAUAUAUAGGCAGUCAACGGCGAGCUCUAGGAGUGAAUUGGACUAAUUACUUCGUGGUAUCUCGUUGAACUCCAACUACAGGUUUUGCAACUCUUUAACCGCAGGUCAGAAUAUGGGUUGUCUGUCAUAAAGUGUAUUGGGAACAUUUGCGAGUGUUGCUUUUUUCAUCCCUCCAUUCGAUCAAGCUGGAUCCCCGGAGCUCCUCACCAUGUCUGGCGCGCUUUAGAUCCUUCAUGGAGCAGCCGAAUUUGUACGAGGUCGCGCAACGACCCCUAAUGACUUGCUUUCCACAGCAAAGUUCAUUCUGCUACAAAGAAACUAACAUCAUCGGAGACCUAAGUGAGAUAUGCGAGAACGAAAGCUCGGUUGAUAUCAGCGCAUACAUCGAUCCUGCGCAACUGAACGACGAGUUUCUGGAAGAUCUUCUGCAUAACAAUAACAAACUGGAGAAAGUCAAACUGGCAGGCGCUGAUUACGGAUACCCGGAGCCCAGGGUUAACCAGCAGUUGUACGGCAGCGUGGCGAACUACACAGAUGCUUCCGUGUCUGAACCAAUUUACGAGAACUAUUCUGUCAGAGGAAAACGACCCGUGGCGAUAAAACAGGAACAUCGGGAAGAUGACGAGCUUUGUCAAUCAUCAGUUUCCCCCGUUUUCACCAGUUCCCUUCCCCGUCAUCCUGCGCAGCACAUUACGCAUCUUCAGUACCAGAUCGCGCAUUGCGCACAGACGUCCAUGCACAUCCACCCUGGCCACCCGACACCUCCUCCGACACCGGUACCAAGUCCCCACCAGCAGCAGGGACCGGUGAAGACAAGCAGAUCCAAGAAGCACAUUGACAAAAACAGCAGCGAGUACCGCUUAAGGAGGGAGCGGAACAACGUGGCUGUCAGGAAGAGCAGGGACAAGGCGAAGAUGCGCAACGCGGAGACGCAGCAGAAGGUGCUGGAGUUGGCGGUGGACAACGAGAGACUCCGACAGAAGGUGGAACAUCUCAGCCGUGAGUUGGAUACUCUGAGGGGCAUUUUCAAGCAACUGCCCGACGGAUCCUUCGUAUCCAUUGAUGGCCAGCUGCGCAUAAACGAACACAUGAGUUCAAGCGACUUUGGAAAUGGGUUUAAAUGAUUAUUGCUGGAUUCUCGUGAUGAGCUGGGCAGUUGAGGUAGACACACGUGCCUUUUAUACAAAGCGAUUGAAAUUAUAAGCUUAUUUUCUAUACCUGUAUCUAUAGUGGAUGUAUGGCUGUUUUGUUCUACAACAUAAAUCACACGUUUUUAUGAUUAUUAUCUGAAUUUUUAUCUUUUUGAAAGAUUAUUAUUAUUUCUACUACUACUACUACUGUAUUUACCUACAUAGAACUUGUCGAUGCAGCCAGGAUACAUUACAAUUUUAAUUCUUUUUCAUGUUCUACCAGAUUUACUUUUAGUUCGGAUGUGUGCCUUUAUAAUGUGCCUUAAAGCUAUGUAGAAUUUUAUCUCCUUAUUUUUCUUAAAGGAGUAAUAUUUGUAAACCUUUUGCUGUAAUGAAGCGUAUGUGACUCCGCUUUCAGAGGCUGUUAGAUGACUAUAAAUUCCAAAGGACAGGAAGACAUUAAUAAUACUUUGGCCUUAUACUUCGUUAUUAUACUGUAACUCUUAAAACUGGGUUGGCAUGAAGCAUUUUAAACAUCCUGUUUUAUUCUCCAAAUCUCUUUUACUUUGUGUACUUGUGUACUGCUGCUUAUUAGAAGCACUUAGUUUUGUGUGUGUGUGUGUGUGUGUGUGUGUGUGUGUGUCUGUGUAAUGACCGGGUGUCACUUCAUGCAGUUUUUUUUCCAUUGUUACACUGAAGGUGAUGCUUUUGACUUUUCCUGUUGGCUCAUAUUUCGAUUGACUAAAACUAAGGAAACAUAAGCACUUUAAAAGACACUUUGAAAAUACUUUUCCAAUAAAUUACAUUUGAAAUAAAUAACAUAUGUUGAAUCCUAUAAUAUUAACAACAUUAAUUUUUCUUCUAUUCUUUUGAUUCUUGUACUAAUCAUGCUGGAAUUUUAUUAAUUUAUCAAUUUUUCAUAAUUGUAUAUUGAAUCACCAUAAACCAGCAAACUAUAUUGUAAAAGCACAUAAAAUCCACUUGUAAACCAUAGAAAACCAAAAAAGUAAAAACUGAUCAGACUGGUGCCUGCAUAAUGCAUGGUUUAAAUGAGCAGUAGGCCUGUUUAAAUGAUGGCGAUAUUUAUUAUGUUCUUUGUGGCUCUGGAAACAUUUGAGAUGUGUUCCAGGUGGCUUCCCCAGGUGCCGUGGAUCAGACGCCAUUUGCCUGCUAAAGAUGGCUAAUGUGCCGCGUUUCCUAUAACUGUACAAAAGUAAACAUGAUGAUGUGUUUGGGAAAAAUAUACAUUCAGCAGGGUUCAUAAUAAAAAUACAUUAUUUCAAAAGGUCAUAUCAAACAGUUGCUAUGUACAUGUUUUUGUACAUAGUUAUUAUUAUUAAUAAUAUUUUAUUAUUAUUAUUAUUGGCCUAUCAUAAAAUUUACAAUUUGCUUUGCUUGUAUAUAACUUUGUACAAAAAGAAGUCAGGGAUUCCAUUGUCUUCCAUCUUCUGUAACUUUUUAAGAGCUCAGUUUCAUUUAACACAUAGGUUAUAUAAGACCCUAUUAAUUUAGCAAGUUAUAAUGCUAUAAAACAUCUCUAAUUUUUGCAAAAGCUACAUAUGUGAGGUGUUCUAAUCAAGCGCCUUGGUUAUGGAUACUGAAAUGCUAAUAUGAAAUAUAGUUUGUUAAACAUUGUAGAGUGUUUCUGUGAUGUAUUUAUGGUACACGUCUAUUCUAAUGAAAGCAUAUUGUAUUAUUUAAUAAGCAGUACAUUCUCUACUCAAAGGUAAUGAAAACUGCUUUUAAUAAUUUUCAGUCCAAUAGAACUGUCAUGUGUCACUUCCUGCCUGCCACAUCUGCCUGACUCUCUUGUCUCCUCCGUCACAUGGCCUGAUCCACUGCACCUGAUGCUUGUUGGACCUUCUUAGUCCAUGCAUUUAGGUACAUGUUUGUCUGGUUGUUGCUAGUCUGCUCAUUAACGUUACCGUCUUCUUGCCUGUACCCAAUCCUCCCGUUUUGAUCCCCCGUGAUCCAGUUUAUUUCCAGUCUUUGUUCUUCAAGUUCAAUAAAACUCCUUUUGUUUGUCCAC